AUUAAAAAUGAAUACCAUGCGAUUGUAAUCAUGUACUACAGUAAGUACUGCUUUCAAUCAUUCGAAAAAAUAACUUUAUAACGACUUUCGUGGGUUCAAGCCUCAUAUGGACAGUCCGCUCGUAGAAAGGGCUGACUAUCCAGCUGCUUGGUACUCAAUAAGUCUCGAACGCUUGUAUAGACCGGUAGACCGCGUAGGUCGUUAAGACAAUAAAAUGGAGAAGAUACCGACUUUACACAUCCCAAGAAUAAAAUAAUCUUGUGUGCCUUAUACCUUUUAGCAACAUUCAGGUACACAAUAAAAUGGAAUAGCAAUAAAAUACAUAAAUCAGGAGCAUAGGCACAUACGCAGUAAAAGCGCACAUUGAACGUAACAUAGCAUAUUGAUGGAGGUACACAACAUUACCCUCCCCUGCGUUCAGCAUAAAUAGGCGACAGCUGUUGUUUACAUGCUCCUGCAGGCAAGUAUCAGCUGAUAUUCGUUUUACCAACACAUAUUUAUUUCAGAUUGCUGCAGCAGUACGUUAUAUUAAUGAACCACUCUGAUAUUUCUCAACAGAACUGCUGCAUUUGCUCUUUAGCUGUGUCAAAAUCCUGCAGUAAAACGUCUAAAAACUCUCAACGUAGAGUAUAGAUGCUACAGUAUUAACAAAAAUUCUCUCUGCUUUUGGUUUUGGAAGCCUUAUGGCUGUUAAAACUCUCUCGAGUAUUGCUUCCUUCUCUUAAGCGCAAGCGAUUUUUGAAUGAAAAUAUUACCAGCAUUGCGUGAUUGUGACAGGACGAGAGAACGGCCCAAGCACGAACAACCUGACUAGAAAGUGGUACACCAUUUGCUUGCGCUAGUUACUGGCAAUUUUUCACAAAGUGUGGUUCUUGUUUUGUGCAUCAAUAUCGUUUCGAUCUAACUGUGUGUUUUUACUUCCGUACGAACGGAUUGUUUGUUUGCUAGGGUAGUUAACUUAACCUAUGCGUUACCUAUGCUUCUUCACUGUUUGCAUACAAAGUAUGCAACAAAACAUUAGCGUGCUAGUAGAGUAAUGAAUGGUGUAUUCAACAAAACCGUAAAAACCAGCCAUAAAUGUUGUGGUUUUCAUUCAUUCUAUAAAGUGGUUAGUGUAAAAUGUGACUUACUGCAAGCGACACCUUUACUGUGGUUGGAGUAUGAAUAAUUAAUUGACAUCCUGUCGAAAAGUUUGCCGUGUGUAAUAGUUCGUGACACACUAAUGUCAGUUCGAAUGUUUAAUCUAAGUUAAAUGUUUACGGCUUUGUUUAACCUUCCAUUUCCCUCAUUAUCAAUGCUAAAGAAUGUUUUUUUUUUUGUUCGGAGAACUAAGAGAAAUCGAAGCACAAUAUUGAUUGAAUGAAUAACUUUGCUACUAUUUUGGGGAUUUUACUGCCAGGAUCCAGAGGACCGAAUUUCCAUGCGCGGUAUCGCAUGAGAAACAAGAGAAAGGAAGAGAGAUGAAUUGAAUGAUGCAGAGUAAAGUGAUUUUUACAAGCUUCCUAACAACAUUGGGUACGAGAGUACGAGUGAUGGUGGUGUAAAAGAGUCAACAGCACGUUUUCAAUUCUAACUAUGUACAGCUAGCUGCCGCUUUGAGGCGGAGAAUCAAUCUACACCGUGGAGCGUUUUCAUUAGAAGCAUGCUUUGUAACACUGGCUGGCGGGAAUCUAAUAGGUUCAAAUAUGUUAGUGAAAGUGUAGUACACUAUUUCCCAAUGAAUAGCGGAUUUUUCACGUGAGUUGUAAGAAUGGUGCGCAUAUUGGGUUCCAAGCUGUUCGCCAGACUGUUGCUGCUCAUAUCGUCCAUCACGCUAAUUUCGCUGAUGGUACUAACUCGCUGCGGCUUGGGAGGACUAAUUGUAAAAGAAAAUGGAUCAAUCGUUAGCGCGUCUGCUAGCGAUGCUGAAGCUGAUGCUGAAAACUACUAUCUUUCUGAUCGAAAACUACCACCAAUGGCUGUCGAAUUCUCCCUACAACAGAACCAUUACCAAGCAGAUGCUGAACAACAGCAGAACGGUUACAUGCAAAUGCUGCAACAACGUGAAGAAGAAAACCUUAAGGAGGUAGCGAAACUGACCGCUGAAAUAAAAGCGUUGAAGCUUCAGAUCUUGCAGUUGAAAAACGGGCUAACCAACGCCGGAAUGGGCAUGGUUCAACCAAACGUUGUUGAGGCAGCAGUCUCUUUGUCAAACGAUAGUAGCGCAAUAGUUGCUAAUGCUCCUCAAACAUCGCAAAUGUUACACGACUGCACGGCGUUCAUACGACGUCAAGUUGGUUCAGCCGAAAUACUGCACGGCUUACCUCUAAACAAUGAGUACGAACUAAUCCCGUUCAACCACUUCACAUUUAGCCGUGUUUAUCCAAUCGAGCUUGGGUUAGGAAAGCGAGUGGUAGAAAAACCAAUCGGCUACAAAAGAAAAGAUAUUCUAAGUGCACUGAAUAAGGCGCUGGAGACGCUCAAUCGUAAUGCAAGUUCGUCAGCGCAGCGUUACACUUUGGACGACUUUAUCGAAGGUAUUUAUCGAAACGAGCCAACUACUGGUACACAGUACGAGCUGUACUUUCGCACGAAGGAAUCCGCUAAUCGCAGUCAGCAACAGCAACAGAUUGCACAGCAUCACGAAUCACAUGGUACUACGAAGCUUAUAGUCAUGCGACCCUUUGCCUCACUGCAGACAGUCCAACUGGAAGCGUAUUCAAAACACCAAGAAAAGGAAAUAAUUUACAUUAUCCUGCCCUUGUCCGGACGCACCAGCACGUUUCAAAGCUUUAUGGAGAAAUACGUAAAGAUCGCGCUCAAACACGAUAAACGUGUACACCUUACUGUCGUGUAUUUCGGCGAGGAAGGCUUAGCUGAGGCACGUACAAUUAUGAGUAGAGUAAUCGGAAUGAAAAACAGCGGAGCUACGAACUCUAAUUUGAAGCUGCUCGCAUUAAAUGAAACGUUCUCCAGAGCCAAGGCGUUGCGAGUGGGUGCAGAAAAUGUGUGGAGUUCACAGGCAGAUAAAAACAACGACAUAUUAUUAUUCAUGUGUGAUGUAGAUAUCGUUUUUAGCGCCAAGUUUCUAGAUAGAUGUAGAUGGAACACCAAGCCAAAUAAAAAGGUCUAUUAUCCAGUUGUCUUCAGUCUCUAUAAUCCUCAUGUCGUGUACACACUACAGGGCAAAGAUGUGCCUCCCGAGACUGACCAGCUAGUCAUUUCGAAGGAUUCCGGAUUUUGGCGGGAUUUUGGUUACGGUAUGACUUGUCAAUAUCGCUCUGACUUUUUACGAGUUCGAGGCUUUGACGAGGAGAUCAUUGGUUGGGGUGGAGAGGAUGUGAUGCUUUAUCGAAAGUACGUGAGAUCACAUAUAAAAGUGAUAAGAGCUACCGAUCCUGGAGUCUUUCAUAUUUGGCAUCCGAAGGUGUGUACCGGUCCAGUGAUGUCCGUCACCUCAAAUCAACGGCUUACUCUCGACCAAUACCGGGCCUGCAUUCGGUCACGAGCACUCAAUGAAGCAUCACACGCACAACUAGGAUUUCUAGCCUUCCGGGAUGAUAUCGCGGCCAAUGAAUACAUAUUAGCACAGGGUGCCAAACUAAACCAAGAGUCAUCUACGACCAAAACUAACCUUACUCAUCCGGAUAAUCCUUUCGUUCAUAGUCCCACGAAUUCCAUUAGAGAUAGUGUAAUGGUUCCGAACGGUUCGAGCUGGACACCAAAUAAAGGCAUCGACAGUAAGAAGGCUACAUGAUCGUUCAUGACAAAGCAUCAGGAGAGCAUAUGGAGGAUGGAAUUUUAGCAUUGGGGCAAUGACAUCGAUAAUGAUCCUUUGUAUCCUCUUCUGAAUUUGACAACUUUAAUUAAUUUUGCGUAUAAUCCCUGAUGGUAAAGGACGGAAAGAACAAUACAUGUGUCAUCUAUUAUGAUUAUUCAUUUCACGCCAAAUGUACAAUCCUGACAAUGCCGAUCGAUAAAGGAUAUUAUCAGUUGAGUUCUAUGUACAUAGCGCUGCAUAUAAAUAACACACACAGUAAGGACGUUUUUUAUUCAGUAGGAUGCUGAGGAUAGGAUUGUUUAAUAAUGAACGUUUUUUUUUAAUUAUAAAAAUGUCAUAGGCGAAAUCUUUUUUGAAGUUUACAUUGAUAUGAGUCGUUGGAUUGAUUUUUGGCAAUGCAUGAGUUAAUUUAAAUACUCAUACAUAAAAUAUAACUGGAAAGAUAAUAGUGCGAUAGUUAAGAAUGAAAAAGAAUUUACACUUGAUUAAAUAUAUUUGCUUUGUUAACUUACUUAGCUGUAUCAACCGCAAUUGAUUAUUCAGUACUAACGGCUAUUUCACAUUACUUAUUAAAUAAUAGCUUAUAACUUGUUCAAAUCCAAACAGUUUUUACCUAGUUUUAAGUAGUAAGACUAGUAGCUGCUCACAAUUUGCAUUAACUAUUAUGUUUAUUUUUCAUGACUUUCCAGAAUACAUGAUGUAUGCUGUGUGUGAGUGAGAAAAUUUGAAUAGUGCGCAAAAGAAAUGUUCUAACGUUACAACAGUUAUACAAUUAUCCGUAGGAGCAUAGAAUCGUAAAGAAACAAACAUGCCACAGUGCAUUCAUUCCAAAUUGAAUUUCAAAUGAAGGCCUUUGAAACCUGAGGUUUGUUAGGCAGUAUGGGCACAUAAACAUUACUAAUUUACUAUUUUCUUUUAUUUUGAUAGUGACGAUAAUCAUAUCAUAGGGUAUGGAAAUUGUUCAAAGAUGAAAUAAAAUUGAAAUGAAAUAAACAAGAA